UACAGACCCACCAGUUUAAAGUUCACUCAUGUUUCCUUGUGUUUCUUGAGAUUCAAACCAUCCUAUAUAUUUUUUUCUUUGCUUUGCAGAAUCGAAUCGAUCAAACAGAGGAUUGACCAACAAACAACCGAAUAAAGGAAUAAAAGAUGAUCUUUUUAUCCUUUUUCCAUUCCUUUUGACUCUGUACCUUCUUUUUGUUCAUCCUUUUGGAGAUUAACCUUUAGAACUCUGACUUGUUAGCCCUGCUUUUCAUACCAUAAUUCAAGUUUUUACAUUCAUUUUCUUACUGCUUCUUGGUGUGCCCGGUCAACGUUGCUAGCGUCUCGAAAAGAGUUUGAUCUGACAUUUUUUUUUGUGUGCUCAAACUUUGUAGGUUGAUCAAAAGAAGAUUCGGCCCAGCGAGUAAAGGCUAACCCUUCCUUAGGGAAAGCCUUUAUACCAAAAAAAGCCCACAAAAGCUUCAGUUUCUACUUUGGAUCUGGAAAAAAACUCUGUACCAUUAUGCAUGUCUGGCCCCACGGCCACCGCCGAUAAUGUCGACCAAACUCUCUCAAUAUCCGGCCGAACCAAAUCCCUCGACUCCACAUUUUCCACCGACAAAAAAACCCGCCCGACCGGACCAAACCGCCACACGGGCAGCAGCACCAAAACCCUCCUGCCCGACGGCUCCUCCUACAGCGGGUCCCUAUUCGGGCCCACGCCCGAAGGCCCGGGCGAGUACACGUGGGCCGACGGCUGCAAAUACUCCGGCGAAUUCUCCGGCGGAUACCUCCACGGAAGCGGGACCCACUCCCAACCGAACGGCUCGGUUUACAAGGGCCGGUGGAGACUUAGCCUGAAGCACGGGCUCGGCUGCCAGAGCUUCCCGAACGGGGACCUUUUCGAAGGCACGUGGAUUCGUGGCGUUCCGGAAGGCCCCGGAAAGUACGCGUGGGCCCAGGGGAACGUUUAUGUCGGGAACAUGAAAAACGGGAGGAUUUUCGGAAAAGGGACCCUCAAUUGGGCUAACGGGGACUCGUACGAGGGGAAUUGGUUCGAUGGGACGAUGCAUGGUUUUGGGGUCUACACGUGGGCCGACGGGAGUUGCUAUGUCGGGAUGUGGACUCGCGGGCUCAAGGAUGGGAAGGGGACUUUUUACCCGAGAGGCACCCAGGUGCCAGCUGGACAACAGUCGUAUCUCGACGCUUUACGGAAAAACGGGUUUUUGCCGGAUUUUGUGAAACAGAAUCGGGUUUCUCAUAUGGGGGAAGUUAGGGCAGAGAAUGUGUCGAUCGAGAGGCGGUGGAGUUUGGAGGCUUCGAUCGAGAAGGUUUUGGGGCAUGCUCGGUCGUUGAGUGUAACCGAGAGUUUUCGGGAAGGAGGGGAUUUUAAGGAAGGAGUUUUUGAUGAAAAUCCGGUGAUUUUGGAGAGGGAGUACAUGCAGGGGGUUUUGAUUAGCGAGUUAGUGUUGAGUGAUCGGUUUUCGCCGAAUUCGAGAAGGGCGAAAAGAAGGCAGAAGAUGCUGGCGAAGGAGAUUAAGAGGCCGGGCGAGCAGAUUCUUAAGGGCCAUAGGAGUUAUGAUCUGAUGCUGAGUUUACAGCUCGGGAUCAGAUAUACUGUAGGGAAAAUUACUCCUAUACAGAGAAGAGAAGCCCGGGCAAGUGAUUUCGGUUCACGGGCCAGCUUUUGGAUGACCUUUCCGAAGGAGGGAUCAAAGCUCACACCGCCACAUCAAUCGGAGGAUUUUAAGUGGAAAGAUUAUUGUCCGAUGGUUUUCAGGAAUUUGAGGGAGAUGUUUAAGAUUGAUGCUGCUGACUAUAUGAUGUCAAUAUGUGGAAAUGACGCACUAAGAGAACUAUCGUCCCCCGGAAAAAGCGGGAGUGUCUUCUUCUUGUCUCAAGAUGAUCGUUUCAUGAUCAAAACACUGCGAAAAUCGGAAGUUAAGGUUCUGUUACGGAUGCUCCCCAACUAUCAUCAUCACGUGCGCAGAUACGAAAACACUCUUAUAACGAAGUUUUUCGGUCUUCACAGGAUUAAGCCCUCCAGUGGUCAGAAGUUCCGGUUCGUGGUAAUGGGAAAUAUGUUCUGCACAGAGUUGAGGAUUCACAGGAGAUUCGACCUGAAAGGUUCUUCAUUGGGACGGUCGGCCGAUAAAUUCAAAAUCGAUGAGAAUACAAUACUUAAAGAUCUCGAUUUGAACUACUGCUUUUACUUGGAACCUUCUUGGCGCGAUGCCCUCCUACAGCAGAUUGAAAUCGAUAGCAAAUUCUUAGAGUCGGAGAAUAUAAUGGACUACAGCCUAUUGCUAGGCGUCCAUUAUCGAGCACCCCAACAUCUAUGUUCUUUGAUGUCUUAUAGCCAGCGCAUGACGGUCGAUGGCCUGGGCAUCCUUGCCGAAGAAGAGUCGUUAGAGGAUGAAAUAUCUCCACAGGGACUUGUUUUGGUUCCUCGUGGCUCGGACAAGAGUAGUGUAGUCGUGGGCCCACAUAUUAGAGGCAGCCGAUUGCGGACAUCUUCCUCGACAGGGGACAAGGAAGUAGAUCUCCUCCUUCCUGGUACAGCUAGGCUGCAAAUCCAGCUUGGAGUGAAUAUGCCGGCAAGAGCAGAGCAUAUUCCGGGAGAUAAUGGUACGAAGAUGUUUCACGAGGUGUAUGAUGUUGUUCUAUAUCUGGGCAUUAUCGACAUUUUACAGGAGUACAACAUGAGCAAAAAGAUCGAACACACAUACAAGUCCAUGCAGUUCGAUUCAGUCUCGAUCUCGGCUGUGAAUCCCACGUUCUACUCAGAACGGUUCUUGGAAUUCAUUAAGAAGGUUUUUCCUUCAAACUGAGCACGGGGGCUUGAGUGAUAUACUGUCCUUGUGGGAACUCUUUGCAUAAGUUUUUUUUUUCGUAAUUUUCCUCUUUCUUUUUUUUUUUAUGAGUGAUAUAUACUGUUCUUGCGGGAGCUCUUUGCAUGAACUUUUUUCGUAAUUUUCCCUGUUUCUUUUCAUGCCAGUAGGUGGUAAAUAAAGCUUUCACAUCCCAUUUCUUUUGUGCCAUGUCUGAAUCAUACACGUAUUCCAGCUUAUGUUGCGCCAAAAUACUAAGCAAGCACAUUCAGUUUCAAUCAGGG